AAACGUUUAAACAUUAUUUAAAAAAUCACAAUCACAUCUGGUUUCGUUCCCGCAAAUGUCAUUUACCAGAAGAAAACAGAAAAUAAAUACGCCAGUCAUGACUCAAAUUGAAUAAAAUUCGAAAAUGAAUGAUAUAUCCGCAGUUACAAACCUACCGUCCAACCUUCUAAUAAAUGGCGAGUUUUCAUCCAUGACGCAUUGCGUUCGUCAAAAUAAUAUAAUUCAUCAUAGUCUUCUAAAAAACGAUUCCCAUUAUUUCCUAAACCCCACUCAAAAUUUUGGGAACCUUAACAAUUAUAAUAUUACUGCUAAUCAAAAUCCACCCAUAGUCAUCAGUCAAUUCGAUGAGACCGAUUAUCAGAAGAAACAUUCUUUACCUUUAAACGCUAGUAUAAAUAACAGCGACAGAAGAGAUAAUAGCAAUAAUAACAAAGCCUCGGCUUUCCAGGAUGUCGAAAUCAUUGGGUCCGGAGCUGAGGGUAUAGUUUAUAAAGCAAGAGACCCUAAUAACUCUGAUAAAUUCGUGGCGCUCAAAAAAUUGAUUAUACCUCUUUCCUCUGACCAGGGUGUGCCUUGCAAUUUGUUAAGAGAAAUAGCCUAUCUCAAGCAUCUCUCUUACUUUCAACAUCCUAAUUUAGUCAAAAUUUUAGAUAUAGCUCAAGGUGCUAAGAAGACUAACGAGGUCAUACUAUUUCUAAUUUUUGAACACGUAGAUUAUGAUUUAGCAAAUUAUCUCAAGAGCUAUCCUUCCCCUGUCUUGCCAGCAAAUCUCAUUAAAGACCUGCUCAAACAAUUAUUGCUAGCGAUAAAAUUUUUACAUUCCCACGCCAUAGUUCACAGGGAUAUCAAGCCUCAAAACAUUUUGGUCAGUUCUAAAGGUCAUUUAAAAUUGACGGAUUUUGGAUUGGCUAGAGACUUUGUCCGAGGGAUGGAACUCACAACUGUGGUUGUUACUUUGUGGUACAGGCCACCUGAAGUAUUGUUGCAAUCAUCUUACACAACAUCUGUCGACAUAUGGAGCAGUGGGUGUAUUAUAGCCGAAAUGUAUCUCAAAAGACCACUAUUCAAUGGUAACUCUGAAUUAGAUCAAAUUAACAGAAUAUUCGAGAUAAUUGGUUUACCGGAUAUAUCAGAUUGGCCUCUUGGAUGUCCUGUACCGUAUGAAUUAAUGGCUAAUAAAUUUCAUAAGACUCCUAGUGUUGCUUUAAAAAAUAUAAUACCUCACAUGAAAAACGAUGCCCUCUUUCUUUUAUAUAAAAUGCUAGAAUUCAACUCUCUUAAACGUAUCACUGCCGAAACUGCCUUAUUGGACCAAUAUUUUGAUGAAUGA